GGUUGAUGAAACUGAUGAAGCUCAUCGGUUCCUGAACAUCAGAAACACAAAGACCUGAAAGGGGUGGAGGGGCUUUACCACACCUAGAGGAUUAUUACAGAGCAGCGCAGAUGAAAGUGUUAGUGGGUUGGUGUGACCCAACAUGUGAAGCUAAAUGGAAAGAGGUAGAUCUGUCUUAUAGAGAUAUACCUCUACAGUCCUGGCUCGGAGAUCAUUGUUUUAUUAAAAAACAUAUAGAUUCUGACCUAAUACCCUUAUGGAUAAAAGGACCAUUGGACAUAUGGCAUAAAAUAUUAAAGCAAGUAAAGACUGAAAGAAAUGCUCGAAUUUUAAGAUGGCCAGUUUAUGAUAGAGAUUUUCUCCCUGCAAGAAUGGAUAAGAGAUUUACACAGUGGUCACAAAAAGGCAUAACAAGUUAUUGGAAGAUUACAAAGAAUAAUGAAUUAAAAAGUUUUAAACAACUUCAAGAUAACUAUAACCUGGAAAAAUGUGACUUUUUUAGAUACCUCCAGUUAAGGCACUACUACAAUAAAAGUAUAAAAUAUUUGGAGGAGGACGAGGCAGGUAUACUUAAAAUCCUAUUAGAUUCGAGCAACGGAAGACCUCCCAAAAAAACAAUAUCCAAACUAUAUGCAUGUCUACAAACGGAGAGGAAAUGUAAUAAAACAUAUAUUAAGACUAAAUGGGAAAAAGAGGCCAAAAUAACAAUAAAUGAAGAGGUUUGGUUAAAUAUAUGUAACUCUGUGAUUCACAUGUCAAGUUCUGGCCUGUGGAAGGAAUUUUCCUGGAAAUGCCUGGUACGUUUUUUUGUUACACCGAACAUUAAAAGUAAAUAUUGUAACGAUACUGAAAAGGCAAAAUGUUGGAGGAACAGUGGGAAUGUGUCUGCAGGACAUUUUCAUAUUUUUUGGGAAUGUAUUAAGAUCGCACCCUAUUGGUCAGAAGUGAUAAAAGAAAUCAACACUAAAAUGGACUUAAAUUUAUGCUGUGACUUUACUGUGGUUUUCCUGGGUAAUUUACCCAGGAACUGAAGAAAUCUGAUAGAUAUCUCCUACUGAUAUUAUUAUCAGGUGCAAAGAAAGCUGUAACUCGCCGGUGGCUUGAUGUGGAACCACCGUCAUGUUUGGACUGGAAGGACAUUAUUGAGGAAAUUCACGCAAUGGAGAGACUGACUUUCAUUAAGACUUGCCACUUAUAAAU